AUGGCACCAUGCAGCUACAUGCAUUGCGGUGCCGAGGUCACGGUUGGGUCCGACGACCGCAUUGCGGCCUGGGCCGGAGAUCGACGGAUGUGCAGCAUCCGUUUGAAAGGCGACGGAGAUCUGGACGACCUGGUGGACGCCGGCUUGGAGGUCCACUGGGAGUCGAAUCGCCUCGUGGCCUGUUGGAACUCUGCCAUUCGGCUUUGGAACCUGUGCAGUGGCAACGCCUUGCAUGUGCUGCGGGCUCCCGUAGGCCGCAUCAAAGGCUUCAAUGUGGACUGGGACUCGUCCCGCUGUGUGGCAUGGGGAUCGAGCGGGCAGUGCCUGCUGUGGAGCCUUGCUACUGGCCAACUACUCGAGAACCUCGUUGGUCCUGCUUCGGCGAUCUCUGGCCUGGCUUGUUGCUGGGAGACGGAGCGAAUUCUUAGCUUCGGCGCUGGGCCGCUCUGCCUUUGGAGCCUGACACCUGGACCUGCACGGCUGUCUGCCGAGCUGCAGGGGCACAGUGAUGUCGUCGCAGGAGUUGAGGUGUCCUGGGAGAUGGACCGGGCCCUGAGCUGGGCAGAUGACACCACCCUGCGGCUGUGGGACCUCAAGGAAAAAUCUUGCCUUUUCCGCUUCGCUGGUCACUGCGGGCCUGUAUGGUCUGCCCAAGUGGACUGGGACAGUGGCUUUGCGAUGAGCUACAGUUUCAUGCAGAUGGCCCUGUUUCUUUGGAAUCUGCAAGACGGGACUUCAUCGAAGUUCCAGUUCUCAAGCAGUGAAUCCUUUCAAGCCUGGAGUGGUGGCGCAGAGGUCGACUGGACACGCUUCAUGCUCACCCGCGAUUCUCUUGAGCCAUCAUUCGCCAGACAAGUUGCGAGGCCGUCGGGCCGUGGCAUGGACCCUCACUGGCGGGUCGCUCGCAGUCGUGGAUCUCGACACUGGAGCCCUUCGCCAGCUUGA